GCGGCGGAGGGAGGGGAGGCCGAGUCCUGGAAGUGGAGCUCCGCGCUGGGACUGGUUCCUUCGCAGCCAUUUUCUGUCCAACCAAACAGCCGAUUGGAGACGGGAGCCAACCAGGGCUGCAUUGGAGGUUAAAAUUGGACAAGGAUCCAACACCUUUGUGACAGGUGUUUGAGAGCACCAUUGACGUACAAUUCUGACAGUAUUUCAUGACAAUGGAUGGCGACAGCUCCACAACAGAUGCUUCUCAACUAGGGAUUUCCGCAGACUACAUUGGAGGAAGCCAUUAUGUUAUCCAACCCCACGAUGAUACUGAGGACAGCAUGAAUGAUCAUGAAGAUACAAAUGGUUCAAAAGAAAGUUUCAGAGAACAAGAUAUUUAUCUUCCAAUUGCAAAUGUGGCUAGGAUAAUGAAAAAUGCCAUACCUCAAACAGGAAAGAUUGCAAAAGAUGCCAAAGAAUGUGUUCAGGAAUGUGUGAGUGAAUUCAUAAGCUUUAUAACGUCCGAAGCAAGCGAACGGUGUCAUCAAGAGAAGCGGAAGACAAUCAAUGGGGAGGAUAUCCUGUUUGCCAUGUCCACGCUAGGUUUUGACAGCUAUGUGGAGCCCCUGAAACUGUACCUUCAAAAGUUCAGAGAGGCCAUGAAAGGAGAGAAGGGCAUUGGUGGAGCAGUCUCAGCCACAGAUGGACUAAGCGAGGAGCUCACAGAAGAGGCAUUCACUAACCAGUUACCAGCUGGCUUAAUAACUGCGGAUGGCCAGCAACAAAACGUUAUGGUUUACACGACGUCCUACCAACAGAUUUCCGGUGUCCAGCAGAUUCAGUUUUCGUGAUCUGAAAACAGGAUGGAACCAAGCUUGUGGAGAGUGAGAGUCUGAGCAAGUCUGGAACAGAGGCAUUGGGAGGAAGUAAGGGUGAAGCCGCCUCUUUGUACAAUAAGUAGCUGUAAUGUAGCUUCCUGAUGCUUGACUAAUUGAGGUGUUAAUUCUGACUUGAGAAUCUUUUUCAUGAAUGAUUUUAAAGAAAAAAAAAUUGGAUUUUAAAGGUAUUAAAAUAUUUUUGUUUUGUACGAGAGUUUGUUGCUCUGUAUGACGCCUGUAUGCAUUGUAUAUUGCAAUUUAUUACUGUCAGAGAUUUGUAGACAGUUUCUUAUUUUCAUAUUGAAUCAUGUUAUUUUGUAAUUCAAGUAAGCAGCUGGGUUAAUUCAUAAUGUUUGCCCUUUUAAUAAAAUAUAAGGGUAGAGUUCAUUUUGAAUGAAAGUUGCCUUUAUUACAAAUUUGAGUUUGUCUUGGCUAUAUACUAUCUUGCAUGAGAACUUAGCUAGAUUUUUAGCACUUUAUUUAUUGAAAAACAUUUUUUUGGUAAAACACCCAUAGCUUAAGCAACGUCUUUUUUAAAUGUAAUUGAAUAAUUAAGUUGGAUGCAGAAGCAAGUAUUGUCUGGCCUGUUAAACUUGGCGUCCAUCACUGUCUGUGCCUGUUCAGGUAGCUUUAGUUACUGUCAUGGGUGUUAGAAUUCAUUUCUAUUUGAUACAGUCCUAGCAUUCCUGAAAUGGUCCUAUCUUGAAGUAUUAACAGUAUCCUCUUCAAGAGGAGGGAUUUUUGAUAGUCAUUUUAGCUUUACUGAAAGGUCAGCUUUCCUGUUAGGCUGUGGGAACUGUGGACAUGAUUCUGUGUAGACAGUUGUGGGCAUAAGUAGUGAACAGGAGAGCUGUGAGUCUGAUUUCUGUGACACAAGAGCCUUCUGGUUUGCUGUUGUGCUAUCUGCAAUACACUAACAUUAGAUGAUGCUGUUUUGUACAGUUUACUAGUGUGUACUUGGGUUUCUUUUUAAAAGAUUUCUAUUUUCUCAUCUAGUUCUUUUAUUAGUAAUAAUUACUUUGAAUUUUUGUGUAUGUGGUGGUGGUAGUUUUAGCCCUAUCAAAAAUGGCUUAGUGUACAGUUUGUCCAGAAGCAAAUUUGUGGGACUCCAAUGGAAAAAGAAGAGCAGGUUUUUUUUAGGCACAGACUUACAUAAUGGCCACUUUGCCAGGAGUCUUAGGGAACAUAGCUGGCUAUUCUGAGAUUAAACAACUCCCUCCUCUCCUACCUCCCUUUUCAAUAAUCUUUCUUGUAAAAAAUGCACAUAGGAAAGAAUGGGAAAGGAUGGAUAAGCAAAAUCAACAGUCAUCCUACUGUGUUGAAAUAACCAAUGUUAAAAUUUUGAUAAAUUCAUUUGUCCUUUUACUUUGCUAAAUAUGUAUAUUUUUAUAAAAAUGGGCUCAUGUUGUGCACACUGUUUUGUAACUGGCUUUUUCACUUAACAAUAUAUUGUGAACUCUUCCCCAGGCCAUGCAUGGUCUUCUGCAUCAUUUUUACUGGGUUUUUAUUCUGCUGUAUGACUAAAUCAUGAUUAAUUUAUUUAAUCGCCUAUUGCAAAAUUUGACUUUUUUCAUCUCUUCAUAGUUAUAAACAGCCCUUCACUGAAUCCUGUGUACAUCGUAACUUUUCUUGAAAUAAAUUCUUAGAAGUAGAACUGCUGGGUUACCAGAUA